AUGCUUUUGUGCGUUGUUUUUGUUACAACAUCUAAAUUAGAGGCCAUCGUUCAACAUCAAAGAUUUCAUGAAGGCUCUCUUAUUGAGAUAAGAUUUGCAGUUUCAGCAAAGAUAUUGUUGAUUUUGAAUCAUUUACCGAUCUUAAGACCGCAACGAAAAAUAUUACAAAAUUUAUAUUCCAAUGAAAAAGAACAGAAAAACUUCGAAAAUCCAAACCAAAAGAAUUCUCAAGAGGUAAAACCACUUUAUGGCUGA